CAGAUGGUGCGGGAGCAGUAUGUCACCACGACCCAGGGCAGCAGCACGCCCAGGCCGCUGCCCGACCAUGUCUACAAGAUCGGCAUCUAUGGCUGGAGGAAGCGCUGCCUCUACCUGUUUGUCCUGCUGCUCCUCAUCAUCCUUGUGGUCAAUUUUGCUCUGACCAUCUGGAUCCUCAGGGUGAUGUGGUUCAACACGGAAGGGAUGGGACACCUACAAGUUCACUCAGAUGGGGUCAAGCUGGAGGAGGGCGAGUCUGAGUUUCUGUUUCCAGUCUACGCUCAGGAGAUCCACUCCAGAGAAGACUCUCCACUUGUAGCGCACUCAUCUGAAAAUGUGUCCCUUAAUGCCCGUAAUGAAAAUGGUGAUGUCACAGGAAGGAUAUCAGUGGGUCCAAAACAGGCUCAGGGACACAUUCGAAAUCUACUCAUUAGCUCCAACAAUGGCAACAUGCUGUUUACUGCAGAUGGCGACCAGGCUGUGAUUGGACCAGACAAACUACGGGUCACAGGUCCUGAGGGAGCACUGUUCCAGCACUCAGUGGAGACGCCCCAGCUGAGGUCGGAGAUCCUCAAAGAUCUGAGGUUGGAGUCUCCCACUCGCUCUCUCAGUAUCGAAGCACCUAAAGGAGUUCACUUCAAAGCUCUGGCCGGCAACAUUGAAGCCUCUUCCAACUUGGAUGUUAUUCUGCAGUCUAGUGAUGGACUGCUGGUGCUGGAUGCUGAGACGGUGCGCAUGCCGAGCCUACCCCUGAGCGAGGGAGGGGUUUCUGGAAACACUCAGAAUCUCUACGAGGUCUGCGUCUGUCCCAGCGGCAAGCUUUUCCUGUCCAAGGCUGAGGUCAUUUCCACAUGCAGUGAGAAUCAGGAGUGCUAG